AUGGAAUGUAACUUUGAUCUCUCGGAUCCCUCACAACCAAGCUAUCAAACAAGAGAUUUACUUCAGAGUACUCCAAGCAAGCUCAACCCCACGUACACGACCUCAACUCCAGCCUCCUCAGCCCAGAACUGCGUUAUGACAUCAGUGCCGCAACACAACUAUUGGGGAUAUAAAUCACCCCCAGGAACUCCGACAGUCUGGAGCUUGACAGAGUCAGGGUCCAUUCGGGUUUUAUGGGCCCUAGAAGAACUUGUGGAGCAAAAUAUACUAGAAAGCUACAACUUAAAAGCUUUUCAGCGGAGCAAAACUACACAUGCAGCACCGGAGGCCAUGAAAGAAGGGUUCCGGUUGGGGAAGUCCCCCAUCCUCACGGUCUCACCUGCAAAUGCACCCGAUGAGCCACCUACAUCCUUUGUCGAAGGCCGUCUCAUUCUUCAGUUUCUAGCAGAUCAUUAUGCAAAAGGCCUUUGGGACCCAAAGACCCCCCAAGACCAGGCUCGCGAUAUCUUCUUCCAAGAGUUUGCUGGGACGACAGUGUCCACCCUCACAAGCUUAACUCUUACUAUGGAUGUGAUUCCCGAGGCAACUCCUUGGCCAUUGAGACCACUCCUCAAAUUAUUGUUCGUUCCACUGAUGUCGGUGUUUAAAGGCAAACUAGCGGAGCCAUUCGAGUUUUUAGAGGAUACCCUGUCUGACGAGAAACCUUGGUUUGGUGGGUCGAAACUUGGACUUGCCGACUUCUGUAUGAUAUUCCCGCUUGAUGCAUGCGUUGUGAGAAAGUAUUUUGAUGGCACAAAAUACCCAAAGGUCAAUCGGUGGCAUAAGACGGUUCAUGAGCUUCCGGCAUACCAGCGGGCUGUCAAGAAGAUGGGGGAAUAUAAUGGUGUCAAGGCAUGA